UGGGAUUAGCUAGCUUUCAUGUCAGACUAGCAAGACUGUGACACUGUGUAGCUACACAACAUCAACCUUUUUAGCGCUAACUUUACUGUUCUGGCGUCAAGCUUUUAAAAUGUCAGGACUCUGUUAUGCCACAAAGAAAGGUCGAUAAGCUAAGAUACUUUAUCUGUCAGCAUAUAUCGCGGAAAGCACAGCUAUGUGUAGCUGUGUUCGGAGCUCCAGCAGGGCUCUGUCCCCAGUCUUGCUCCCGAGGCUGCUCCCACAGCCUGGAUUCAGGGUGCCUGAGCGUGGCCUCUGGACCUCUCCCCAAUGUCUGGCUGUCAACGGAAGCUCCCAGCAGCCUCCUGUGCCCAGCCGAGCCCGGGUGGUGAUCUGUGGAGGCGGAAUCGUUGGAACAUCAGUGGCCUAUCACCUGGCCAAACUGGGAUGGACAGAUGUUGUGCUUCUUGAGCAGGGCAGACUCGGUGCCGGAACAACCCGACUGUGUGCCGGCAUUGUCAGCAUGGCUAAGCCUAUUUCCAUAGAGUGUCAGAUGGCCAGUUACUCCGCCAGUCUUUACCAACGCCUGGAGAAGGAAACAGGGGUUAAAACAGGUUAUGUGAAAACGGGUUCUCUGUGUUUAGCACAAAAUCAAGACCGUUUGAUCUCACUUAAGCGCCUAGCGUCAAGACUAAAGGUUUUAGGGAUCAACUGCAGCAUCAUCAAACCUAAAGAAGCGGCCAAACUCCAGCCUCUUGUUAACAUUCAUGAUCUGGUGGGAGCGCUCCACCUCCCGUCUGAUGCUGUGGUUUCCUCUCCAGACGUUAAUCAUGCUCUGGCUGUGGCUGCGGCUGGACACGGAGUUCAAAUCUUGGAGCAAACGACAGUUCAGCAGGUUGUGGUGGAAAAAGGCCAUGUGAAGGCGGUAGAGACUGACCGCGGCUCCAUUGAAUGUGACUAUUUUGUCAACUGUGCCGGUCAGUGGGCUUAUGAGUUAGGUCAGGCCAGUGAGGUGAAGGUGUCGGUUCCUCUCCAUGGCUGUGAACAUUUCUACCUUCUCACCAAGCCUCUCCAGGAGCCAGUUUCCCCUGACAUGCCAGUGGUGAUUGACAUGGAUGGCAGAAUAUAUGCAAGGCCAUGGCAGGGGGGGAUUCUCUCUGGAGGCCUUGAGAAGAACCCCAAACCUAUCUUCACAGAGGGCCGCAACCAGCUGGAGAUCCAGAACAUGCAAGAGGACUGGGACCACUUUGAACCAAUUCUCAGCGCUCUGCUCAGGAGAAUGCCCAGUCUUGAUUCAGCUGAGAUCCAUCAGCUUGUCAACUGUCCCGAGUCCUUCACUCCUGACAUGCGCUGCCUGAUGGGCGAGACCCCGGGGGUGUCCGGCUACUAUGUGCUGGCAGGAAUGAACUCGUCAGGUCUGACCUUCGCUGGAGGAGCUGGCAAGUACCUGGCAGAGUGGAUGACCUACGGUUACCCCACUGCCAACGUCUGGCUGCUGGACAUCAAACGAUUCGGCAACCUGCAAAGCAGCCGAACCUUCCUCCGGCACAGAGUGAUGGAAGUCAUGCCCCUUCUGUACGAGCUGAAAGUUCCCCGCUGGGACUUUCAAACUGGUCGUCAGCUGAGGACCAGUCCUCUGUAUGACCGUCUAGACACACAGGGCGCCCGCUGGAUGGAGAAACAUGGCUUUGAACGACCCAAAUACUUUAUUCCUCCUGGAAAAGAUCUACUGUCUUUGGAUCAGAGUAAGACUUUCUACAAGCCUGACUGGUUCGACAUUGUUGGAGCAGAAGUCAAAUGCUGCAAGGAGGCGGUCUGUGUCAUUGACAUGUCGUCCUUCACAAAGUUUGAACUGACAUCAACAGGGGACCAGGCGCUGGAGCUGCUGCAGCAUCUGUGUGCCAAUGACCCAGAUGUUCCUGUGGGACACAUCGUCCACACUGGAAUGCUAAAUGAGAGAGGAGGCUAUGAGAAUGACUGCAGUGUGGUCCGCCUCAGCAAAAACUGCUUCUUCAUCAUCUCUCCAACAGACCAGCAGGUUCACUGCUGGUCGUGGAUAAAGAAACAUAUGCCCAACGAUCCGCACCUCCACCUGGAGAAUGUCAGCUGGAAGUACACAGCUCUAAACCUGAUUGGACCUCGGGCAAUGGACGUUCUGGCUGAGCUGUCGUAUGUUUCCAUGACGCCUGACCACUUUCCCUCCAUGUUCUGUAAGGAGAUGAGCGUGGGUUACGCCAACGGAAUCAGAGUGAUGAGUAUGACUCACACCGGAGAGCCAGGCUUCAUGCUCUACAUCCCCAUAGAGUACGCCCUGCAUGUGUACAACGAGGUGAUGUCGGUGGGUCAGAAGUACGGCAUCCGCAAUGCAGGAUAUUACGCACUGCGGAGCCUACGCAUCGAGAAAUUCUUCGCUUUCUGGGGUCAGGACCUGGACGCCUUCACCACCCCGCUCGAGUGUGGACGGGAGUUCAGGGUCAAGUUUGACAAGGACACUAACUUUCUUGGACGGGAGGCCUUGUUGCAGCAACGCCAGGAGGGAGUGUUCCGUCGGUUUGUCAUGCUGGUUCUGGAGGACCACGACACCGAACUGGACUUAUGGCCAUGGUGGGGAGAGCCCAUCUACCGCAACGGUCAGCUGGCCGGAACGACCACCAGCAGCGCCUACAGCUACACUCUGGAACGCCACGUCUGCCUGGGCUUCGUGUCUCCUCCUCCAGACGAAGAGGGGCUCCCCAAACCCAUCACUCCCGACUUCAUCAACCGCGGUGACUACGAGUUGGACAUCGCUGGUCAGCGCUAUCCCGCCAAAGCCAAGCUCUAUCCAUUCAGCUCCCUGUUUGCUCAACAAAAACGCCGCAAAGAAGACAUGGAGCUCACCAACCUCCAGGCAGAGGAGCAGAAGUGAGGCAGACGGGCAGAAGCUUUCCUCCUUUCUCCCUGCUCCUCCUCAUCAAGGCUUCAACGCUCUUUGUCUGCUGGUUCCUUUCCAAGUCUUGCUGUCAGACUGCUUGUAUUUAGGAAGCACAAACGCUUAAGGCCGUGUUCCCGUCUCCCCUAAAUUCUCCCCGUCCUGUUUGACGCUCAAACUCCAUCCUGUCACGCUCAAGUGCCUUUAUCCAGGCAGGAUUUACAUUAGCCGUUGCAGACUGGCUGAAGUGUGAAGAACUGAUUUACACCUACAGUCUCUCCAGGUGUUUUUCCAAAUACUCUGCACAGUCUGAGGGAAACGUCAGCGGCAAUGUGCAAACCCACACACGGUCCAUCUGCUGCUGUACAGAACGAGAGACUUCAGACACUAAACUUUUUGCACUUUUGUCAGCUUUACAGCACCUGACAAAAAAAAAAGGAAAGGAAUUCUUUCCAAACGGAGGAAAGGGCUCAAUAAUCUGAGAAGCCCAAUGAUUACCAAACCUAUGAUGUAUUUGCCAUUUAUGACACUCGAAACAAAUUCUUUCUCCGGUUUAAUGUCCUCAUGAUCCGCUUUGAGCUGCUGCGUGAUGUUUUUGCUCAAACGUUGCUUCAAUCUGUUAUUUAUGUUUUACGAUCGUCCUGAAACCUCGAUGCACUUUCAGGCUGAAGUUCAGUUUUGGAUGUUUUGUUGAAUGUGCUGCUGAUGAAGCAUGGAUGAGGGGAAAGUGGUGUGCUGUCUCCAGUAAUUCAUUUUAGAUGUUUGUGUUCAGGGUUUUGCUGCAAUUUCAAAAUAAACGAUGUAUUUUUGUACGGU